UCCCUAUCCACCUCGUGAGACACUUUCCCCAAAUCUUUCAACCCACCUUCCCUUCUUCUGCCUACAUUCGUGGAAAUCCCUAGCCACCGCACUCGUCACGGUCCCCAAAUCUGUCAACCCGCCUUCCCUUUUUCUGCUGACAUUCGUGGAAAUCCCUAGCCACCACACUCGUCACGGUCCCCAAAUCUGUCAACCCGCCUUCCCUUCUUCUACUAACAGUCGUGGAAAUCACUGGCCACCGUGUGAGUCACUUUCCCGAAAUCUCUCAACCCGCCUUCCCUUUUUCUGCCGACAUUCAUGAAAAUCCCUAGCCACCGCAUGAGUCACUUUCCCCAAAUCUCUCAACCUGCCUUCCCUUCUUCUGCCAACAGUCGUGGAAAUCUCGUUACCGAUCUACGUGUGUUUGUCAUUUUUGUCGGUGAGUUUUUGGACCGGAUCUUGUUGCUGAGCCUAUUUGCCUAGUGUAGAGUUCUUGUUUUGCCGACCAUAGAGUCUUGUUGCUGAGCCUAUUUGCUGCGAAUCUUGGAUCGGAUCUUUGGGUGGAGUGCUUAUAGACGAUUAUCAUGUCCCUAUUGCAUGGAACAUUCUAAGGCUUUCAUAUUGGAUCAUGGCAGAAAACCUUGUUUCUUUGAUUGUCAUCGACAAUUCUUGCGAUCUAAUCAUCCUUUUAGAAGGCAAAGAGACAAAUUUAUUAAAAAAAGAGUUGAAUAUGACUUACCAUUUCCUCAAUUAUCAAGUGAGGAAAUAUUGUCACGUUUGAAUUCGCUUCCUGAUCUCCCAUUCGGAACAAAAUGUGGUGACCAGAAGAUUUCGGGUUAUGGUGUUAGUCAUAAUUGGGUGAAGAAUAGUAUACUUUGGGAUCUGCCUUAUUGGCAUAUGCUUUUUAUUCGUCACAAUCUAGAUGUGAUGCAUAUUGAACAUAAUGUAUUCAAGAAUAUAUUCAACACAAUGAUGGAUGUUAAGGGAAUGACGAAAGACAACUUAAAGGCACGACAAGAUUUAAAGGUGUCUUGCAAGCGGCCAGAAUUGGAAUUGAUGAAAAAUAAUGGAAAAAUUUUCAAGCUUAAGGCUGCGUACACCUUAAAUAAGGAGGAAAUAAAAAAUGUUUGUGCUUGGGUGAAACAAAUGAGAUUUCCUGAUGGCUUUGCGUCGAACAUAUCUCGGUGUAUUAAUGAGAUUGAUUACAAAUUUUAUGGGAUGAAAAGUCAUGAUUGUCAUAUUUUUUUGCAACGAUUGCUCCUAAUUGUCUUCCAUGAUAUGGUGCCUCACUCAAUUUGGGAUGCGAUUACUGGGAUAUCUCACUUUUUUAGGGAUUUGUGUGCAACGAAAAUACUUGUAGAUCAUAUGGAAGCUUUGCAAGGAAAAAUAUGUGAAACUAUAUGCAAACUAGAAAAUAUCUUUCCUUCUGGUUUCUUUGACUCUAUGGAGCAUUUGCCGAUUCAUUUACCUUACGAGGCAAAGUUUGGUGGACCUGUCCAGUAUCGAUGGAUGUAUCCAUUUGAGAGAUUUUUGCAACAUUUGAAAAAGAAAGUAAAAAAUCGAGCCUCAGUUGAAGGAUUUAUAUGUGAGGCUUAUAUUAUCGAGGAAAUCUCCUCGUUUUGCUCAUGGUAUUUUGAACCUGCUAUGCGAACAAGAUUAAAUAGAAUGCCACGUAAUGAUGAUGGGGGAGACGUGGACUCUCAAGGUCGUCUUUCAAUUUUCAUUCAUUUUGGGCGAGCAUUUGGUCCAUUAGAGAAAUCUCGAUUUUUAGAUGAGGAUGAGUUUUAUGCUGCUGAGCUAUAUGUUUUAAUGAAUAGUGAAGAGAUGCUCCCAUAUAUAAAGAUGUUUGAUGAAAUUAUCAAGGGAGAUGUUGUGCAUAUAUCAGAAGAUGAAUUGGAGAAAGUACGUGAUGCAAGAUUCGUUAAAUGGUUUAAAAAUUAUGUUGCAACACGUAUGGAUGAAAUUGACCCACGUAUACUUGAAAUCUCUCAUGGUCCAGGACGUAUGAUAAUGUCACGACCCGAUACACCCCUUGAGCCCGUGACAACCGUCGCGGUGUCCUGGUAGACACUC